GCUUCCGCCUCUUACCAUUCACAGCAAACACUUCCUCUCCUCUGAUCUGAGCUCCGCUCCUCACGUCGCAUUCUUCGGUUCCACGGGAGCACUACUGCCCACACGAGAUUCAAUGGCGCUGCUGGCGCCGAGCCCGCGCGUGCUGUGCCGGGACCUCUGCGCCGCGCGGGACACGCCGCAGCACCACCACCCGUCCCCCUCCUCCUCUUCCGCGGCGGCCGGAUGCUCGUCCGUCGGCGGGGUGCGGGCGCUUUGGCUCCCGCGAGGCGGCGGUGGUGGUGGGGUGAGGAGGGGAAGGGGAUGGGUGAGGGCGGAGGCGGCCUACUUCUGGGACGCUUCGGUGCCGGUGGAGAUGGCGGAGAUCGACAGCAUAGACACGCUCGACGCCGCGGUCGGCUGGUCGGUGGACAACAACCAGCCCAUCAUCAUCGACUGGAUGGCUAGUUGGUGUCGGAAAUGCAUUUACCUGAAGCCCAAACUGGAGAAGAUUGCAGGGGAAUAUCCAGGAGUCAGGUUCUACUUUGUGGAUGUCAACAAAGUUCCACAGGCAGUGGUCAAAAGAGGGAAUAUAAGUAAAAUGCCCACUAUUCAGUUAUGGAAGGAUGGAGAAUGGAAAGAAGAAGUGAUAGGAGGCCAUAAAGCAUGGCUUGUGAUGGAUGAGGUUAGAGAAAUGAUCCAGAAGUACAAGUGACAACUGACCUAAUCUGUUCAAUCGAUAUUAUACUGUAAAUAGAGAUUCGAGAUGAUCUCCUCAGACACGAUCAAUAAAGAUAUAUUUCAGCUGCUCAGUACACAUUAGACCUGGGCUAAUACUAUUGGUCUGUUGCAAAUCC